AUGACAAGUCGCAAAGAAUAUAUCUUCAAAGUCAUUAAUGACAUCCCAAUAGCCGCUGAUGUAUACUUUAGGAAGACCACGACCUCUUCGAAGCUUCCGAUAGCAUUGCAUUUCCAUGGCGGGAACUUUACGGUCGGCUCGAAACAAAUGCUCUCACGGGACCAGUCCGAAAAGCUGUUGGACUUGGGCUUUGUGGUUGUAUCUGCCAACUACCGGCUUGCUCCCACCGUUACGGUCUUUGAAGGAGCAGUCAAAGAUGCACUGGACGCAUAUGAAUGGUCACGGACCAAGUUACCUGGACUCCUCCUUGAAGAUGCUCAUAUCAAAGCUGAUGGAUCUCGGAUUGUGACCUUGGGUCAUUCUUGCGGCGGCACCUUGGCCCUUCUGACCGCCAGUUCACUAGCCCCGCCUCGCGCGAUUCUCGACAUCUACGGUAUCAAGUACCUCGCGGAUUCGGUAUUCCAUACACCUCUACCUGCACCUCCAGGCGCCGCUGAGAUCGAUCAAAACUUCGCAAGCCAGAUCUGGAAGGAUGACCAGCCUCCCACUUCAGCACCUCCUCCUGUUGGGCCGAAAGGGCCCAACCUGGGCAACUACCGUGUUGCCUGGAUGUUUGAUCAGCUUGCUAAGGGAACACAGUUGAAGAAGGUCGUGGGAGAUGGCGACUACGGCCGUAUAGAUCCCGCUUCGCUGUUUUCCAAGGGAGAAUUCCCUCCCACAGUCUUUAUCCAUGGCACUGAAGAUAGGUUGGUGCCGGCGAGGCUAUCACAGCGGGCACACGAUAAGCUCAAGAGUAACGGUAUCGAGACGGAAUUGUUCCUGGUGGAAGGAGGACAGCACGGCUUUGAUGACAUCGGGAGGCCCGAGAAUGCACUUGAACUUUUGGGAAAGGGUUUUGAGUUCCUCAAGGCCCAUGUCUGA